UGGAAGAUUUCGAGAAACGGGACAUGAAUAUUUUUAUUGGUACCUGCCUUGGUACCUAGUAAGUAAUAAAGACGCUAUCCCGUCUAACGCAACCACCGUGCAACGAUGGCGUACAUGAGCGUAUACAACGACGCCAACAAGAAGAUGUCCCGGCAAGUUCGCAGUCGCAGAGUUAUUAUCACGGCAGGUUGCAUUUUCUUCCCUCCUUAUUUCAACAUGAUAAUCUUUGAUCUCAUGGUGAUCAUGCUUCGUUCACUCGGCAUGGGGGCAUGUUUAGCCAUGGCCCUUCCUUGGAUUGGUUCAGGGAAAUGGAUCGUUUCUUGAUCCGUGACAUGGGAAUCUCCCGCGCCUUGUCUAGCGGCACCUUCAUUUCACAGGCAUUACGACAAUGACAUCAA